CAGCCGGAGGACCGUCCCCAGCUCCCCUGCCCCGGCCAGGGGCGGCAUUGUGCUGUUUUGCUACAGGAUAAAAAUGGCCUCUCGGCGGAUCACACGGGAGACGUUUGAUGCUGUAGUGCAGGACAAAGUUAAAAGGUAUCGCAUGGACCGGAGCGAUGCUAUAGAGGACACAAUCCAUCAUUUUAAAGCUCAUUCAAGGCCAGUCCCAAGACCAAGAUACGAAGACAGUUUUCAUGAUGAUGGAAGAUAUACUCAUGACAACGCCCAGCACCAUCCGCAUGAUGACUGGAGUGAAGACCCUAGAGAUGACUAUCCAGGACCUUCUUACAGAUCUGCUAGUCCUCUCAUAAGGAAAGAUAACUAUUACCACGAACAGUAUGGCCGCCCGGCAUCUCGUGACCGGGAAUUUGGCCACCCAGCAUCUCGUGACCGGGAGUACGGGCGCCCAGCUUCGCACGAUCGGGAGUACGGGCGCCCAGCUUCGCACGAUCGGGAGUACGGGCGCCCAGCAUCUCGCGAUCGGGAGUAUGGACGCCCAACAUCCCAUGACCGGGAGUACGGGGGCCUGGCUUCUCAUGACCAGAACUAUGGCCCUCCUGACUCUUGGGAAUCUGCCGGACCACACGAAACUGAUUUUAGUUCUUCGGAUAUUUUAGGUGAUUUUAGAUCACCGGGACUGAUGGAAGAUGAAUAUGGCAACAUGGAGAAUCAGGAGUAUGAUGUGGACUUUGGAAUUCAAUCUGACAGCGAGUUCCGACCCCCGAUACGGAGGGGCAACAUGGGCAGGGGAAGAGCGCUGAGAGGAAAGCGUAUUACAAGGGGUGCUGUUAAAACUAAAGUAUUCAAAGGAGAUAUCAAAACUCCCUUAAAGAAAUGGAACACUAAAAAACUGCAACCGGGCCCUGAUCAGAAGCCAGCUAUGCAACCUGAUCAAAUGCCAGAAGCUGCUGAACGACCUAACCAGAGGCCGGUGACCAUCCAGCGCCCUAAUCAAAAGUUGCCUCCACGACCUAAUCAGAGGCCAGCUAUAACAACCCAGAGGCCUAUUCUCAGGCUCCCAAAGCCUGCCCAUGUUUUCAGAAAUCUCAAUUUUGACCUUGUGGACAAAUCAGACAUUUUUUCAACAUUUGGAAUAGAAAUUAUAAAAUGGGCUGGAUUUCAUGCAAUCAAAAAUGAUGCAGAAUUUUCCCGGCUCUUUGGAGCUCUCUUUGAGCUAGAGACAGAAACCUGUGCAAAAAUGCUUGCUUCAUUCAAAUGCUCCUUAAAGCCAGAACACAGAGAUUAUUGUUUCUUUACUAUCAAGAGUUUACAACAUGCUGCUCUGAAAACUCCCAAAGUGGACAAUGAGUUUUUAAAUAUGCUUUUGGACAAGGGUGCUGUGAAAACAAAGAACUGCUUCUUUGAAAUAAUAAAACCUUUUGAUAAAUACAUAAUGAGGCUACAAGAUCGCCUCCUAAAAGGUGUUACACCACUGCUUAUGGCCUGCAAUGCUUACGAAUUAAGCAUUAAGACGAGCGGUUUUGGUAAUCCAAGAGAAAUGGCAAGUGCUUUUGAGACCACCAUUUCUCUUUGCCGGAAGUCCUUAGCACUCCUGGGUCAGACCUUUGCGCUAGCAUCUGUUUUUAGGCAAGAGAAAAUACUUGAAGCAGUAGGGCUCCAGGAAAUGGCUCCAGCACCGACGCUAUUCCCAAACUUCGAUGAUUCAACGUUGUUUGGAAGAGAGUACAUUGAAAACUUGAAGGCUUGGUUGGAGAAGAGUGGGUAUCCAAUUCAGAUGAAAAAAGCUGAACCAGAGCCCACAGCGCAGCUUAAAAAACCCUCUCCUGACACGAAAGUUAAAAGAUUUCCACCCUGUGCCCUCGGCUGCUUCAGCUGCCCUGCCCUGCAGCUGUACAACUUCGAGGCAGGGAGGCCAGGACCGCAGCUGUACCUGGCUACAUCCCAGCCCCCCCAGCGAGCUGAUCGGAAAGUUGUAGAGACAAUCGAACAGCUAGUGAAUAGCAUUGUUUCAGGAACCUUGUCUGCCAAAGAGAGGAACGCUCAGAAGAACUGUCCUGAAUAUUGGUUCUUGUCUGAUGAAGAUAGUCUGGAAUACAAGUAUUACCGACUGAAGUUAUCGGAGAUGCAGAGGCGGACAUCAUCUGGAAAGGAAGCGGGUGCUGAGGGCAGAACACUAGAAGAAUCUGCAACAGAAUCAGUCAGGGCCAUGUUGUAUGCCAGGAAAGUCGCGAGUAUUAAGAGAAGGCUCUUUAAAAGAAAAAGGCUUGGAAUUAUCACACACCAUGGCGUUCGAGGAAGGAAGGUGAGGAGAGCCACCAUAGGGACACAGACUGUGCUUUCAGCUGGUACGGUGCUGAAGCACCAAGAGAAGCAUCUUCAAGGUUCAGUCCAGUCGAAGCCUUCUGUAUCAGAAACCAGCCUGUCUGAGAAGAAUUCCUCCCUCGAUACAACCUCAUCCUCACAAUGUGCCACCAGUUCCGAGGCCUUCCUGCCAGCAGAAGAAAGGGCAGAUUCUGAGGAUUUAUUAACACCACCUGAACUUUUCCCACCGUUGUCCUCUCAGUUUCCUGACGUGGAUGCUAAAACAAUGGAGACUGCUGAGAAGCUUGCCAAGUUUGUUGCUCAGGUAGGACCAGAAAUUGAGCAGUUCAGCAUAGACAACAGUGCAGAUAACCCAGAUCUUUGGUUUCUACAGGAUCGAAACAGUUCUGCUUUCAAAUUUUACCGAAUGAAAGUCUAUGAGUUAUGUCCAUCCAUUAACUUCAGUGCUGUGGCAGAAGCAACUGAUGCUGGGGAAGGUGCCAAACCUGAAGAGAGAAAUUUGGAUAUUUCAGAAGAGGACGAGGAUGAAGAAGAAGAGGAAGAAGAUAAUGAGGAGGAAGCUGAGUUUGAGGAGGAUAGCUCCCAGCCUUUGGAAGAAAUGGAAAUGGAGCAAGCAGAGGAGGGAGAAGAGGAUGACAUGUCAGCAGGUAGAAGUGUGGAAAGCCUAGCUGAAGAGAUGAUUUCCAAAACAGGAGAGGAAAUUUCAGCAGGUGAAAUGCAGCUAGCCACAUCAUCUGAUGGUGCUAUACCAAAUCUGUCGACACAGGCAUCAACUCCUGCUCCUGGUACCCUAUUUCCUCGCAAACGAAUCAGCAGCAAGUCUCUGAAAGUUGGUAUGAUUCCUGCAUCUAAAAGGAUUUGCCUCAUAGAAGAACCAAAAGUGCAUGAACCUGUCAGAAUUGCUUAUGAUAGGCCUCGUGGUUGCCCAGUUACAAAGAAGAAGAAGAAACCAAAAGAUUUAGAAUUUUCACACAAGAAACUGACGAACAGGAACGUGGGUUUCCAGAUGCUCCAGAAGAUGGGCUGGCAAGAAGGACAUGGCCUUGGUACACGAGGAAGAGGAAUCAGAGAGCCUGUAAAAGUGGGUGCUACCUCUGCAGGGGAGGGCUUGGGUGUUGCAGGGGAAGAAAAUAAAGAAGAUGCAUUUGAUGUUUUCCGUCAAAGAAUGAUACAAAUGUACAGGCAGAAAAGAGCAAGUAAAUAGGUAUGUGCAAUGGACACGUCUGGUUUAUGAAUUCCUGCAAACAUUAAAAUACCAGGGGUUUUUAAGUCUUCCUUUACCAAGAAAAUAUUGCUGUUCCCAUGCGUAUAUCUGGCUUCUUAACAUUUCAUGAAAAUCCAGACCUAUGUUGAACUGCUUUGAACUGCUGAAUUACCCCAAAUCUUACUUUCUAGGUUUGACAUAAGAGACUCGCUCGCUAGAAAGUGCACGGAUAUGCAAAGGCUGCUGUGUGAGAGAUCUUCGGCAGAGUAUGCCAGUAUGAAGAACACUGUGUUCUAUAGUAGUGGACUUGAAUACUAAUGUAUUAAAACAUUUUCCAAGAUUAAAGUUAGUCUUGUGUUUAAUUGUGCAAGCUAACAACUUGGAUGUCAUCUUCUGAGGAAGAAACAACUGAUUUUGUUCUCGGAAGUGCCUGUUUACCUCUCUCUUUGGCCAAGUUUGCCUGUUUUGUGAUGAGAUGGCUUACCAAAAAACGGAAUAAGCGACAUGAAAAAUAUGACUAGCCUCGUUUGGCUCUGAUCCUUUCUGAAGCCAAGAAUCUUCUCAAAUUCAGAUCUUCUUGCAAGGCAGUUCAGAUUUUAUUUUACUACAUUUUACUGAUGGGCUAAUCUUCUGAUCUGCUUCUGGAGCCUAAAGCAGUUUCCUUUCCUCCACACACCAAUUUUAAGAAGAUUCUCUACCUGCGUGCUUAUUUUGUAUAGGAUUCUAGCCUUUAGGUGUAGUUAAACUGAGUUCAUCUGAGUCUGAGAACACUAAACUCUUCCUUGAAAACCUCAGCUGCUAAGGUUUUUCAUUGUAAUGAACAAGUAGUGCAUAUUUUCAGUGUACUUUUUGGUUUUACACAAAUUUGCAGCUCUUCUCCAACAAAUUCUUGAAUAAUUUCUUUCCUUCUCGAAGAAGUUUAAGCCAGGAGCAGAUGCAAUUCAUGUGUCUGCAGAAGAUACUGAAGAAAAUACUUGGAAGUCAGAUACUCAGAAGUCAUCUGGGAGUGGAUCAUCAGUGUUAUAAGACCAUCAGUUUAGAGUUUCUAUUUCUGUUUCUAUUAAAUAUUUGUUUUGCAGAAGUUCUUUUAUUAAAAAAUCCCAAGACAUAAGACAAAAAGCUUGUACUUCUGAGGGACUAUUCCAGAAUUUACUGAAAGAGAAGACUGGAUUCAUCUCCUUCAACAAAAAGCAUUACCUAGCUGCUUGGUGAAGCAGUUCUGAGCAGUUCUGACAUGAAAGAUUUAGCAGUGUUACCACAAAGAAACGUUCAAGGUCUGAUCACUCAUCUUUUCCUGACUUGCACUUCAAUAAGGGAUCCAGGACUGGAUUUCCAAAAGGGACAGAAUUUAAUAACGCACUUUUUAGUGUACUCAUUCUCCAUCAUUACCUUUCUAAAAGUAGUCAAAAGUCUUCACUUGAACGUUACAGUACCAAAACCGACUUCACUGACGUUUUCUUUAAAGAGUUUAUCUUGAGCUGAUGCAUGUUUCGCUUGCUCGGAGUGAGUGCUGUCUUGCUGUUGUUUUCAUCCUGCACCUUUCUUGUAGAGCAAAGAGCUUGUGGUACACCACUAAUAGCACCCCACAGUAACGUGGCAGCAUCUCAAGUUCCUAACUGACAAAUAUGCAAGAAAAUGUGUUCUUCAGUUAUCAACUUGCCUGUGCCUGCUGUUUAAAGAACAAAAUUAUAUUCUUUCUCCAUUAGAAACCCUGCUGGUCGAAAGGGAGCGUCUCCAUUUUCAUUCUGUAGCAACAAACCUUUCCUUGCUUGUAACAACCAGUUUUAGUUCGUGAAUGCAAGGGUUUGGGUUUUUUUUUUCUUUACUGUAUGCAGCUUUGAAACCAUGAGAAACCAAAUCAUGUCGCAGUGUAAUUUUGUGAUCGCUCAGUUUUAGUCACCUGGAAGCAGAUAUCACUAAAUAAACUCAUGAUGGCAGGUAUAGAAAAAUAGGCUGGUAGUUCUGUUUUACCAUGAACAUCACACAUGUCUUCACCUUUAGAUGACAAGAAGUUGAAGUGUGAAGGCUGUAAAUACAAAUAAAUGUGGCUGGUUGUCACACUUGCUUAAGGACAUUUCCUAGCCCAGACGUUUCUCAUAGGCUUUACAUGGAGAUGUUUAAAAUCCUUAAACGUUUUGGACCACAAACUACGGGAAAGAUCAUCACUUACAGCCUUUGGCAGCCUAUGCUUACCUGUUAAGUUCCUAUUUGGGUGUUUUCUUCACGCCCCUCUUUCUUUCCUGUGCCUAGUUAGCAGUUACACAGUGUAAAACCUGAGCCUUUCCAAACGGAGCUCUACCAGUCAUAGGCUGGUUUGAAUGCCACCCUGGAACCAGUAUGAUUGGCCUCUGAUUUAUUUCUCAGACCCACUCACAGGGCUUAGCUUUUCUUUACGUUUCAUCAAUGAAGCUGCCAGUGUUGCUGUUCACAAUUUUUAUUUCCCUGCAAACUUCCAGUUCACCUCUUCUUUCACGUUUACAUUUUGGAAGGAUUCUUGAUUAUACUGACACUUAUUUUGCAGAAAGGCACAAGGCGAAGUGGAGCUUCGCACUAGAUUGAAAUCGGCUUUCUCAAACCCAGAUCAGCAUUCUGCGCUGCUCUGAUUUAAGCUGGGUUUGUUGGGCACAGCACCAUCCGGGGCGCACUUGCUGACCACCCGCUUACCCAGUCUGGGAAAAUUGUUGGUAUCCAGACUGGAAAAUGGUACCGUCCUUUCUGAGUGCAAUUCGAUUUAGAGUAUAACGCUGAGCUGAGAAUAAAGGUGAACACUGGGAAAAUCUUAACCUGCGACCCUGGAAGACUGUAGUGUGGUCUGUCCUUCUUGUGCCAAGCUUUCAUUUUGGACAAGAUAUCAGCAGAGCAGUACCGGUGCUGAGAUUCCAGUGUUGCUCUCAAGUGGGUUACUGUUUGCCACUUUUAUCUUGUUUUACCAAGAGAUGACCUUACGCUCCUUUUGCAAAAGGAAUUUCCUUUUAUUUUGACCUGCUUUUGCAGGCAGCUCUGAUUUGAAAAUUUUAAAUACUUGUACAUGUGAAACAUUUGUUAUGCAGAUGCAUUGCCUUGUUUCAAGUUUACUAGCUUCUUUUCUGUUAUUUUAGUUCCAGGCUCUCUUCCAUGAAGACUGCAAGCUUCAGUGAACAUUUUAACUAACUUCAGUGGUGUGUCUACUGUCUUUUGGUUGGGUUUUGCCAUUAAUCUUGUAGAGCAAUUUGCUAGUUUCUGUUCCGUGCAAAUUGGCAGUAGUGCUAAGCUAGUAACGAUUAGAUGUUUAUGUUAUUGGGUAACUGACAUUUCUUUUUAGUGUAAGUAAACAUGUUAGCAUUGUUAAUCUUUUAAUAUCGGCAAUAAAUGUAGACCGAAACGAUUUCUGGUUUAAAUGUUUUGCUUGUGAAUUUGGCCAUUUGUAAGAGAUAUGCAUCAUUUUGGCACUAACAAGUGGAAUUGAGAUUACGCAGUGUUACAUUAGUGUAAAGCAGGAUUUUAUAGUGUACAAGGGAGGGAAGGUCCCUCUGUUGCUGUGCUGCUAAAUGUCUCUGUUGAGAAUCCCCACUAAAUCACUUCUUAGUUACUUUUUCAUGUGGCUCCUAGUGCAUUAAAUCCAUUCACGACAGUGUUACUUCCCACAUGAACGCCGAAACCGUUGUGCCCCCGUCAGCGAGCGAGAGUUUUACCCUUCGUUCACAUAUCCCCGGAAUUAGUUGUCUCCCUGAUUUUCUUGGUGUACUGACUUGAAAACGGCAAAACUUUCUCUUUACAUAUGUGUGUGGUUUACUGUUGCCUUUAAAUUCCAAUUCCUUUUUUAGACAGGAUAUGAGGGGGAAAAUUGCAACGAACUGAAAUUUAACACUUGUGCAGCCGCCUUCUAUCGAGAGGUAAAGUGAGAGUGUUCAUUUGCGAAAGAUAACCAGGUCUCCUCUCCCUUGCUUUUAUACUGACAGCUAGGAGAAGCUUUACAGAGGCAGGUUCAAGCCCUGGCUACACCUUUUUCCUCCUUUUCCUUCAAAAAUUUGUGAUAUGUAAGGACCUGGUUCUAGAAGAAAGGACAUUUGCUCUCGUUGGAGAGAAAUGAGGAGAUCCCCAUUUUGGGGGAGGUGCCCUAACAGUAAGAGAACUACAGUCAGUAAUACACUGCUUGGAGUAAUUGUGUUGGGCUAAAAGAGGUGGGGUUUUCUUUAUUUUUUUUGCCUUCAGAGCUUUUCUUUGGUGUGACACCAGUGGCAUUUUUUCUAUUUAUUUUUUUCUGGGUUUUUUAGAAGACACUACAGCAUCCUUAGUGUGAACACUGUAUCUGUGCUGAGAUGUUACUUCUCAAAAUCAAUGUACAGUAUUUUUUUCUAUUGCUAUUCCAUUCUGCUUUGAAGUGAAUCCCGACGUAUCGUGCCCAAAGAAAGUCUGGACUCAGAAAUUCAAAUAUUGUUAUUUUAGAUUGUUUUCUGCCCUACAAGCAGGUAUAUUUUCUAAUUAAAAAUGAAUUCCUGAAAGUCCUGUAUCAUCUUUAAUUCUGCAUAUCUCAUGACUGAGUGGCCAAUCACAACCAGACUGUAGAUUUGAGCAAUAAUAAACACCUUCAGUGAGAACAUGCUCAAAGAACAAUAGGGUACUUCUGAAAUAAAUAGUUUUUGUGAACCUUGUUAAGUAGGUAACUUGCUGAAUUGCAGCAAGUGUGGAAAAUGUUUGCAUUAUCUGUGGGCAAUAAAGUUACUGCUGUUUAAGAAAGCGCUAGCACACAGUGUGUUCUCUGUGGCUUUUUGUGCCUAAUUCGUGUCAUUAGAAGGUUGUGCUAAUUUCCUGGAAAAUUAUUUCCGAGGCAAGACUUUGCUUUGAAGGGGAAG